GCCAUUUCGAAAAACUCAGAGAAUUCUGACGAAGGCUCAAUGGGAACGUCGGCCACACUAACCUACAAGAACUUGCACUUUCACUUAAAAUAGGGACCUUCUGAAGCUACGAGACCAAUCUUUCAAUAAUCGUGACUGGCACUGGAAUGUUCAUCGGCAAAAUUUUUUAAAAGGUCAUAAAUCUUCUCCAUAUUUCCCUGAUAAGUAGAACUCACAAGUAUAAACACGACUUUACUGUUUACAGCGAAUCGCCAUUGCGGUUUCAGUACAAACGGAGUCAAGCAAAACACUAAAUCCUUCUCAAAGUUCUUGUAAUUCCCGUGGUGGAAAUAUGGUGUGUAUCCGAUAAAAUAAUUUUUAAAACAAAUAAAAUAUUUUUAGUUAUUUUGUGUAGUAAUUUUCCAAAAUAAUGGGAUUAAAAUUUAAAAUCAUCUCUGCGCGGACUUUAGCAGUCGCCGCAAAUACCAUCGUUUCCGCCUUUCGUGUUGACAUUUCAUUUCACCGUGCCGUUUGCAAUGUAUUUAUUUACUUGGUGAAAACAGGAAAAAUGAUUAGGAUACCACCUUUACAUGUCCGUGUUAUCAUUGAUUGCCUGUUACAAUAGUUAAUUCCGUGUGUCCCGUUUGAAUGAAAUUGUGUCUAGCUGAAGCACUGUUGUUUUAUUGAUAAGACUCUUAAAACAUUUGGGUCUAACCUUCAGUUUCGCACCACCAUAUGAUAGUGUUUUUCCCAGAUUAUGUUUGAACAAGCAAAGUGCAAAUGGUGCGUUUCUUAUAAUGAGUGGUGAAUUGCGCGAAUGAACGUUCGUCAUCAUUGGUUUGUGUGGACUGGUCAACUAUUCUUCGGAAGCCUCAACUGCUUUGACUCAGUUAGCUGGGGUGAGAACUUGGUUCAGGGGCAACAUACAAAGUUAUGGCUAGUAAGGAUGGAGGAGAAGAAAUAAUCAAGCAAGGAUUUAUGAUCAAACGGUCGCAGAACAAGAAGAGAUUUUCACCAAUCAACUUCAAGCAGCGCUGGUUUGUCCUUACCAAGCGACAUCUCAUCUACUAUGACAGUGAAGGAGAGCGCCGCAAGGAGCGUGGCCGCGUGCCGCUGGGGACGGUGAGCGUCGUUGAGACGGCGCUGGUGACUUCGCCGUCGGCGGGAUCCGACUCGUCCACCGCGUCCACCGGGCCGCCCUCCUCCAGUGCGCCAGCCGGGCCCGCCUUCCAAGUGGCCUACCGCGAGGACGGCCAGGAGUACACGCUGUACCUGGUCGCCCCCAGGGACGGCGAGCGCCACGACUGGAUCCGCGCCAUCCGCGGAGCGUGCGCCGACAACCCGUCGCUGUCCGGCCGCUUCCACGCGGGCCUGUGGACGGGCCGCCGCUGGUCUUGCUGCCGCGGGGCCGGACGCACGGCCGAGGGCUGCGAGCCCACGUCCAACUGGGCGCAGGAGCAGCAGCCUCCGCCGCCAGAGCCGGAGGAGGAGGACGACGCCGCACAGAGCGUAACGUCGACGGCCACGUCGACACCACCCUCUUCGCACGUACGCACAGGUCCCCCAUCCGCACCCAUCAUGCCGGGCGGCGCUCCAGGAACACCCAGCUCCAAGGUCAAGGACAAGGUGAUGGUCCGCAACAAAGUGGUUGUGGCCCUGUACCCGUUCAAAGCCAUCGAAGGGGGAGACCUUUCCCUGGAGAAGGGCGCCGAGUACGAGGUGCUGGACGACUCCCAGGAGCACUGGUGGAAGGUCAAGGAUGAGAAUGGCGCCAUCGGUUACAUCCCGAGCAACUACGUCAAGGAGAAGGAGCUGCUGGGAUUGCAGAAAUACGAGUGGUACGUCGGGGACAUGUCGCGGCAGCGGGCAGAGUCUUGCCUCAAGCAGGAGGACAAAGAGGGCUGCUUCGUGGUGCGCAACUCGUCCACCAAGGGCCUGUACACCUUGUCCCUCUACACCAAAGUGCCCCAUCCGCACGUCAAACAUUACCACAUCAAACAGAAUUCGCGAGGCGACUUCUUCCUCUCCGAGAAGCACUGCUGCGGCUCCAUCCCCGACCUGGUCAACUACCACCGCCACAACAGCGGCGGGCUGGCGUCGCGCCUCAAGGCCUCUCCCUGCGACAGGCCCGUCCCCGCCACCGCAGGGCUCAGCCACGACAAGUGGGAGAUCGACCCCCAGGAGCUGAUGCUGCUGGAGGAGCUGGGCUCGGGGCAGUUCGGUGUGGUGCGCCGGGGCAAGUGGCGCGGCUCGAUCGACGUGGCCGUCAAGAUGAUGAAGGAGGGCACCAUGUCGGAGGAUGACUUCAUCGAGGAGGCCAAAGUUAUGACGAAACUGCAGCACCAGAACCUGGUGCAGCUGUACGGAGUGUGCAGCAAGCACCGGCCCAUCUACAUCGUGACGGAGUACAUGCGCCACGGCUCCCUGCUCAACUACCUGCGCCGCCAUGAAGUGACCCUGGGCGGCAACGUGGGGCUGCUGCUGGACAUGUGCAUCCAGGUGUGCAAGGGCAUGGCCUACCUGGAGCGCCACAACUACAUCCACCGGGACCUGGCUGCGCGCAACUGCCUCGUCGGCUCCGAGAACGUCGUCAAAGUGGCCGACUUCGGCCUGGCCAGAUAUGUCCUAGAUGACCAGUACACCAGCUCGGGUGGAACCAAAUUCCCAAUCAAGUGGGCGCCCCCAGAGGUGUUGAACUACACACGAUUCUCAUCCAAAUCUGAUGUCUGGGCUUAUGGCGUGCUCAUGUGGGAGGUGUUCACCUGCGGCAAGAUGCCUUAUGGCAGACUGAAGAAUACGGAAGUCGUGGAUAGAGUGCAACGCGGCGUCAUCCUUGAACGCCCCAAGGCCUGCUUCAAGGAGGUUUAUGAAGUGAUGAGGAAAUGCUGGUGCCACACCCCUGAGGACCGCCCCUCCUUCCGCGUCCUGAAGGACCAGCUGCUGUCGGUAUCGCAGGGUCUGCUGGCCGAUUGACUCUUUCUGCUCACGUGCUUGGCCGGGCCAGGCGCUCCAGGCGUUCCGGGCGCCGCCGAGGACCGCGGCCAAGGCGUGACACACAGCGACU